AUGUGGGUGACAAAGGAACUAGUGGAGGAGAAGUUAGCAAUGUUCGACGUUGAGUCGAGAGUCGCGGAUGUUUUUCGCAAGAUCACGGUAAGUUAACGAUGAGAACUUGAUUGAUUUACAAAAUUUGAUUAAACACAUGUCUACAGUAGUAUACUAGGCGGGCCAAAAAAGUCUUGACAUGUAUUAUACAUUUUUUGCGGUAGACAAGUGUCUUUGCGCGACAAUAAGCACAGUGUGAAUGAAAAAUGCACCGUUCUUUGAUGACCCUUUUCAAAAUGAUUCCUUUUGCACUGUCCGUGAACUGUGAAUUUUAUUCGUCGCGGUGCGACAAGUUUUUCACACACGACAAUGCUCCGUGCUGCCAUAUCAACACUUUUUGACCCUCCUAGUGUUCUGUAGACAUGAGUUUUGCCUAAUUUUUGAAAACGCUGUGUACAACGGUGGUCCGGAAAAUACUCGUUAUUAAAGGGUUUUAUUGUAUGGAGGUUGAUUGAACUGACUUUUGAUACCAUUGAAAAAGAAUUUUUCGUUUUUUGGCUAAUUUGUUUCAGCCGUAAAACGACUUGUUUUUUGUAUAAAUCAGUCUGUCGGGAAAAUGGUGUGAAUUUUUCGUAAGAAAUGUCUUGCCUCAUCGCAGUUUCGUACCAAAUCUCCAGCCACGGUUAGGGACCAAUGAUGGACGAUUUCAAGGCGCGGCGAAUCCACGUUAUUUUCCCGACAGACCGAAACCUUCCACAGUAUACUUACAAAUAAAAGAGUAUACUGUAGUUAAAAGUCAUAUUAGAAUUUUUUUCACAGGCCUAUAUUGUCAAUUUCAGCGAACAAUGUCCGCCAUCCUAUUCCAAAAAUCAAUCUUCAAAAGGACCUUGGAGACCUCGCAGAUCUGCUUUUUCCUCUUCAUCUUCGGAUUCUUCACACUCGUUGUUCCAAUCACCUUGACCUAUCUCAUCCUCUACACUUCGUUCUGGUGGCUGGCCCUGCUCUACCUUGUCUGGGCGUUCGUUGGCGUCGAUUCUGAAGCUAGCAUGAAUCCACCAUGGGAAGCGAUGCGAAAUCAUCCGUUUUGGGACCACACUGCCGACUAUUUCCCGCUGAAGAUUGUGAAGACCGCCGAGUUGUCGCCGAAGAACAAUUAUUUGUUUGGGUAAGCGUGGGCGUCGCCCCUAAUUUCUCGAGCGCAAAAUUGUUUUUUGAUUCUCUUCUUAUCAGGGAAUUCACACAAUCUUCCGCUGUUCGGUUUCUAACCUCUAAACAACAUGUUUUUGCAAAGUUUUGGGGCCACUAGGAUCAUCUGAUGCGACAGAAAAUUACUCAAUGUGACGCGCUUCCUGACUAGUUCGGACGUUUAGUCCAGACACUGUCAAUUUACGAAGAGAUUUUACAGAUCAAUGUUUUCUGACAUUUUUGUUUAAGAUGGUCUCAAAAACUACCAAGAAUGUCUUGAAACAUUAGACUUUAAAACACGAUUUCUGAGUCACUGGAUCAGCCAUGGAAAUAUGUACAAUGUUAGUAAAAAACCAAUUUUGAGUUUUUAAUUUUAAGAUGACUAUAUAGGGUAAAAAUAAUGCUGAAAUAUUUUUGCCCAAUUCCUUUAUUAACCUUCUGUAAUUUGCAAUUCAAUGAUCUUACAGUAAUCGACAAUUUGUAUACAAAAACAGUCUCAAAUAUUUCUCCAAAUGUUAUUUAUGACCAAACGUUACGUUGAUAUUGGUCAGAAAAUAAUCUCAGCUACACUAGAUUGACGUGCGCAAGAGCUGGCGAGAAUGUUAAAUAGUGUUUUCAUGUCGGGAAAGUGAAAAAAACGGGUUAUCUUCUUUUUUUUUGGUUUUGCACUGCAUCGAAAUAUCGAUAUACGUUAGCGACUAGCGUGGGAAAAAAGCUCACAAUUCACUGUGCAAAAGAAAAAUAAUUUCCAUGCACUUUAUGAAAAUACAUAUUAUCAGUCUGUCGGAAAAAUAAUGAACACUCAGUCGCAUGGAAAAUCGCAUCGCCGUUGAGAAAAUGAAUUCUGUCGCAGAUUUCUUUUAACUUCAGCGCGUCAUCGGCGCAGUAAAAUUUUGCUCAUUGUUUUCCCGACAGACGGUUCAUAAAAUUUCCUAACACAACAUCGAAAGCAACCCUACAACAACCAACUCAAUUAAAAUUCACUUUCAGCUGGCAUCCCCACGGAAUUGUCGGUGUCUCGGCUGUUGCUGUAAUGUGCACAGACGGUGCUGGGUUCCGUGACAAGUUCCCGGGGAUCACCCGCUACGUCACCACCCUCACCUGGCAUUUCAAAUUCCCCCUUCGACGGCAUAUCAUGAAUGCUUUCGGAGUGAUCCCGGUCUCUUUCAAACCCCUGACCAGAGUGCUUUCCCGACCCGGCGGAGGCAAUGGAGUGACGGUUAUUAUUGGCGGAGCCGACGAGGCCAUGGAAUGCCAUCCCAAGACCUACAAGUUGUGUAUCAAUCGGCGAAGAGGGUUCUGUCGGGCGGCCCUGGUGACGGGUGCGCAUUUGGUGCCCGUGUUUGCGUUCGGAGAGAACGACACAUACCGCCAGGUCCCCAAUCCCAAAGGCUCGUUAAUAAGAGCGAUCCAGACAAAGGUAAAAUACAUGACGGGAAUUAGUCCGGUCAUGGCGUACGGAACCAAUAUCAUCCCAUUUGUUCCCGGUGUAAUACCGCUGAGGACCGAGAUCAAUGUUGUCUGUAAGUUUGUAUUUUUUUCUCCUCUAUCAGGCUGUCGGGAAAACAAUGAGCACUCUGUCGCAUCGAAAAUCGAAUCGCCGUCAAGAAAAUGAAUCGUGCCGCGGUGAAACCAAUUUUUUUUACUUCAGCGAGAUUGCUCAUUAUUUUCCCGACAGACUAUUACACUACGUUCAGUAAGACCCUAAGGGGCGUCUUAUCGGUCUGUCGGGAAAAUAAUGUGGACUUUUCGCGAGAUAUUUCUUGCCUCGCCGCAUCAAAUUUCCAGACGAAGCUAAUCGUCAAAAAGCGAUCAUGGGCGAUUCCAAGGCGCGACGAAUCCGCAAUACUUUCCCGACAAACUGAUAUUAACCGUAAUCUGAAACCCCAAGCCCUCUAAAAGCCUUUGUUUUACAGUUGGAGAGCCCAUACCAGUCACAAAGACGAAGCAUCCCACAUGGGAGCAAAUUGAUGAACUCCACAAAACCUACAAACAGAAGCUUGAAGCGCUCUUUGAAGCGCAUAAGACCAAGUAUGGCGUGAGUCAGGAUACUCAUAUCGAGUUCUACUAG